AUGAUGUCUGUUUAUUGGUAUUAUAAUCUAGUUUGUCUACCAUUUUUGAUUUUAAUUUUGGCGCCAAUUGGAUGUGGAAAGAAGAAAAAAAGCGGAACAUCGGAAGGUGGAGGUGGAAGUUUAGCAGAGAAGAAACCAGGUAUUUGUUAUUUCUUUACAUGAAUAUAUUUGAAUAAGUUUUUUUUCAGCAGCUGCACCUGUGCUACCAGCUCAAGCAGCCACAGUUCCAGCCGCUGUAGAAGCUAAAGAGGAGAAGAAAUCGGAGAAAAAACCAGUUGAAGAGCCGAAAAAAGAAGAAGAAAAAAAGAAGGAAGAGCCGAAAAACGAGGAGCAAAAAAGAAGGAAGAACCGAAAAAGGAGGAUGAAAAGAAAAAAGAGGAACCAAAAAAGGAAGAGGCUAAAAAACAAGAAGCAGCACCGGCUGCUCCAGUUGCAAUGCCUGGAAUUGUACCAGAAGAGCCAGCACCGAAAAAAGGAUCUGGAGUUGUGGAAAAUCCGAUUGUUAGUAUUCAAUCGGAAGCUGGAACUGUGAAACCGGAAGAGAAAAAGGAAGAAAAGAAAGAUGAAAAGAAAGACGAAAAGAAAAAAGAAGGAUCGAAGAAGAAGGAUGGAUCGAAGAAAGACGAGAAAAAGAAGGAGACAUCGAAAAAUGAGGAAAAGAAAGAAGAGAAAAAGAAGGACGCUUCCAAGAAUGAAGAGAAAAAAGAGGAAAAAAAUAAAGAUGCAUCAAAGAAUGAGGAAAAGAAAGAAGAGAAAAAAGAAGUGAAGAAGGAAGAUGAAAAGAAAGAAGAAAAUAAAGAGGAAAAAAAGGACGAGGAGAAAAAAGAUGAGGAAAAGAAGGAUGAGAAAGAGGACGAGAAAAAAGAAUGA